GGGCGGAGGAGGGGGCGGGGGCUGCGGCCCGGCUGCAGGAAGCGGCGGCCGCCCGGGCGUCCGUGCAGCGCGCUCGGCAGCGAUGAGCUCGGCGCCGCGGCUCCGCGGGGCUCGCGGUGCAGGUGAAGAACAAAACAUGACAGAAACAGAUGCCUUCCCUAGGAGAGAAGUGUUUGAUCCGGCAGAAACAUACAAAAUGGACCACAAGAGGAGAGGAAUUGCUUUAAUCUUCAACCAUGAGAGGUUCUUCUGGCACUUAACCCUGCCGGAGAGGCGGGGCACCAGCGCCGACAGAGACAAUCUUAAGCGCAGGUUUUCAGAUCUAGGAUUUGAAGUGAAAUGCUUUGAUGAUCUUAAAGCAGAGGAACUACUGCUCAAAAUUCAUGAGGCAUCAAGCAGCAGCCACGUAGACGCCGACUGCUUUCUGUGUGUUUUCCUGAGUCAUGGUGAAGGCAACCACAUCUACGCGUAUGAUGCCAAAAUUGAAAUUCAGACACUGACUGGCUUGUUCAAAGGAGACAAGUGUCAGAGCCUGGUUGGAAAACCCAAGAUAUUUAUCAUUCAGGCGUGUCGGGGAAACCAGCACGAUGUGCCAGUCAUCCCUCUGGAUGUAGUGGAUCAUCAGACAGACAAGCUGGAUGUCAACCUAACGCAGGUGGACGCGGCCUCAGUUUACACACUUCCUGCUGGAGCAGACUUCCUCAUGUGUUACUCUGUGGCAGAAGGUUAUUAUUCUCACCGGGAAACUGUGAAUGGCUCAUGGUACAUUCAAGAUUUGUGCGAGAUGCUGGGAAAAUUUGGUUCCUCCUUAGAGUUCACAGAACUCCUCACGCUGGUGAAUAGGAAAGUUUCUCAGCGCCGAGUGGACAUCUGCAGAGACCCAAGUGCAAUUGGAAAGAAGCAGGUUCCCUGCUUUGCUUCAAUGCUAACUAAAAAGCUGCAUUUCUUUCCAAAAUCUAAGUGAUAGGUGCUAUUUUGUUUUCUGUAUCUGUGUUUUUAUAUAACGAAGUAUCACUAGGUUGAAGCAGUUUAAAUGAUACAGCAAGUUUAAAUGUUUUAAAGCUUUAAUGAGAACUUUAAAAAAAAUAGUCCAUAUUGGACAUGGUGAAGGGGUUUGAUAUAUGUAGAAAUUAAAUCCUCAGGGAAUUCCUAUAAAUAAAAAUCCACAAGCAUCUGUAAUACUUGACUUUUGGAGUAAAUUGCAAGGUUACUCAAAAUAUCUGACUGAUUUAACUUGUAUUUUGACUUUUUAUAAAACUUUAUAAUGUUUUUAACAGGUUUUGAAACCUGAGAGUUUGUUUUCCUUUAAUAGUUGCCAUUCAUUUUUAUUAAAUUUUUCUAACUCA